UUUUGCUCCAUGAUACUUGUUGAAUUGUAUUUGUUGUGAGAAACCAGGUAGCUUUGCAGUUGGUAUACGCACUCGCCUGUCGUCUUGUGUUGGUUCUCGCAGUCGGCUUCCUAUUUCACUACGGGAAAGAGACAAACAUCAUAUAUAUUGAGGACAAAUAAUCAAGGGAUACGAGCUACAAAACCAUGGACUUUCCAAGUAUCAACACUUUGUGGUGCGGCGCCAUGGCUCUUCUUUUCAUCAUUAUUGUAUUAUCUACCAAGAGAUCAAUGAUUCAUCGAGGGAAUCCAAGUCAACUUCCGCCUCUAGUAAAUGGAAUUGCUUUCCUGGCACUGUUACCAAACCUUUUGAAGAAAGGUCUGCAUGAUGUGGUCAAUGAUCUAUAUGUCAAGCAUGGCAGUGUAUUCAUGGCAGGUUUAUUUGGCCCAAAUGUUACUUUCCUGAUCGGGCCAGAGGUCACGGCUCAUUUCUUUCAAGGUUUGGAGUCAGAGAUUAGCCAUGGGAAAAUGUUUGUGUUCGCGGUGCACAUGUUUGGUAAUGCAGUUGGUCUUGGCCGAGACAUCGCUACUCAAAAUGAACAAAGGCGCUUCAACAGUGAAGCACUGAAAAUGUCCAGAAUGAGGAGCCACGUUUCUCCCAUGUUAGAUGAAGUGGAGAGCUACUUUGAUAAAUGGGGAAAGGAGGGCACAGUUGAUCUAAAAUGCGAGUUCGAGCAGUUACUCAUGUUGAUCGCAAGCCGGUGUUUACUCGGAAAGGAAGUUAGGGAAAAUAUGUUUGGUGAGGUCCAAACAUUGUUCCAUGAACUCGGAAGUGGUAUGAACAUUACUAGUUUAUUAUUUCCGCAGCUCCCAAUUCCAUCAAACCGCCGCCGUGACAGAGCACGCAUCAGGCUAACAAAGAUACUAUCUGAUGUGAUUGAGUCCCGUAAGAUCUCAGGCAGAGUUGAGGAGGACACACUUCAGAAACUGAUUGACUCCAAGUAUAAAGAUGGCAGCUCUACGACAGUGGAAGAGGUAGCGGGAAUGGCCAUGGCUAUGCUAUUUGUUGGAAAACAUAGCAGCUCCAUCACUAGUACUUGGACUGGAGCUCGUCUACUCAGCCAUCCAACCUUCUUAAAGGCCGCCAUUGAGGAGCAAAUACAAAUUGCAAAGAAAUACAAGGAUGGGCUAGACAACAAUGCCUUCAUGGAAAUGGAAACACUUCAUAACUGCAUCAAAGAGGUGCUAAGGAUGCACCCUCCGAUGGGAGUUCUUGUCCGCAAGGCACAUAAGAAGUUCACGGUGCAGACGAAAGAAGGCAAAACGUAUGAAAUACCGCAAGGACAAAUCGUAGCAACUCCGACCGUUGUGAGCAAUCAUAUUCCUUAUAUCUAUAAGGAUCCUCAGGUGUAUGACCCAGACCGGUUUGGGCCAGAAAGACAAGAAGACAAAGUAGGUGGCAAGUUCUCUUAUACUUCAUUUAGUGGUGGUCGGCAUGUUUGCACCGGUGAGGCCUUUGCUUACCUACAGAUUAAAGUGAUAUGGAGCCAUUUGCUGAGGAACUUUGAGUUCGAAUUGAUCUCUCCCUUCCCCAAGACAGAUUGGUCAAAGUUCCUAGCAGAGCCAAAAGGAAAUCUGUUUGUAAGGUAUAAGAGAACCAGCUUUCCACAAUAGCCUGAUUGACCCACUUGUGGGCAAUCUAUAUGCAUUUGUAUCCAAAACAAAUUAUGUGUAAUAUCAGGAGAACUUUGCUUGUCGAUAGGUUAAAACCGUCCCUCCGUUUCCGACGUUCCUCUACUUUCCAUUUGUACAUCGGGGGAAAUUAUUUAUAUAAGGUGGCACACAAUGUCCAGAUUCCGUUUGGCAAAUGCGGCGACAAC